UCGUGUUUGUUCUCUGAGCAAUUCGGGUCGAAUUAUUCUCCUCAACUUCUUAGAAUCGGGUCAAAAGUUUGAAGCGAAGACAACUCGAGUAAUCUGGUUUAUUGAGAGUUUAAGCUUUAAACAAGAUGAGUGGUCCAAAGAAGAGGACGUUUCAAAUAGAGGCGUUCAAGCACCGGGUCGUGGUGGAUCCGAAGUACGCAGAGAAGACAUGGAAGAUUUUGGAGCAUGCGAUUCACGAGAUUUACAAUCACAACGCUAGUGGACUUAGCUUUGAAGAGCUUUAUAGGAAUGCUUACAAUAUGGUGCUGCACAAAUUCGGUGAGAAACUCUACUCUGGACUUGUGACCACAAUGACUUUUCAUCUAACAGAAAUAUGCAAAUCAAUUGAAGCUGCUCAGGGGGGGCUAUUCUUGGAAGAGCUGAACAGAAAAUGGGCAGAUCAUAACAAGGCAUUGCAAAUGAUUAGAGACAUAUUAAUGUACAUGGAUAGGACUUUCAUCCCAAGCACCCACAAGACACCAGUACAUGAGCUAGGGUUGAAUCUGUGGAGGGAUGUUGUUAUUCACUCCAGCAAAAUCCAGACUAGGCUUCAGGAUACACUUCUUGAACUUGUACGGAGAGAAAGGAGUGGUGAAGUUAUUAACAGAGGCUUGAUGAGAAAUAUUACAAAGAUGCUCAUGGAUUUAGGUUCUUUUGUUUACCAGGAUGAUUUUGAGAAGCAUUUUCUUGAGGUUUCGGCUGAUUUUUACCGUCUUGAAUCUCAGGAGUUCAUAGAGUCUUGUGAUUGUGGGGAGUACUUAAAGAAAGCUGAAAGACGUCUAAAUGAAGAAAUGGAGAGAGUGUCUCAUUACUUGGAUGUAAAAAGUGAAAGCAAAAUAACUAAUGUGGUGGAAAGGGAAAUGAUUGAAAGUCACAUGCAAAGACUAGUUCAUAUGGAGAACUCUGGCAUUGUUAAUAUGCUUGUGGAUGACAAAUAUGAGGACCUGGGAAGGAUGUAUUCUUUAUUCCGCCGGGUUCCAAAUGGUCUUAUUUUAAUAAGAGAUGUCAUGACUUCUUACAUUCGUGAUACUGGUAAGCAGCUAGUUAUUGAUCCGGAAAGAUUAAAGGAUCCUGUAGAUUUUGUGCAACGUCUUUUGGAUUUAAAGGAUAAAUAUGACAAGAUUAUCAGUACAGCAUUUAACAAUGACAAGACGUUCCAAAAUGCUUUAAAUUCGUCUUUUGAGUUCUUCAUUAACCUGAAUGCUCGGUCUCCUGAAUUUAUUUCCUUGUUUGUGGAUGACAAGCUCCGAAAAGGACUGAGAGGGGUUAGUGAGGAGGACAUAGAGAAUGUACUUGAUAAAGUCAUGAUGCUCUUCCGUUACCUCCAGGAGAAAGAUGUAUUUGAGAAGUACUACAAGCAACACUUAGCCAAGAGGCUUCUUUCAGGGAAAACAGUCUCUGAUGAUGCAGAAAGAAGUCUGAUUGUUAAACUCAAAACAGAGUGUGGAUAUCAAUUCACUUCAAAGUUGGAGGGUAUGUUCACUGAUAUGAAGACAUCCCAGGAUACAAUGCAAGGAUUCUAUGCAAGUUUGGGUUCUGAUUUCGGGGAUUCUCCCACCUUAACUGUCCAGGUGCUCACUACAGGUUCUUGGCCUACUCAACCAAGUGCUACAUGCAAUCUUCCUGCAGAAAUACUGGGAAUAUGUGAGAAAUUUAGGAACUAUUAUCUUGGGACACAUACGGGGCGGAGAUUGUCCUGGCAAACAAAUAUGGGUACAGCUGAUUUGAAAGCAACCUUCGGGAAAGGACAGAAGCAUGAGUUGAAUGUUUCCACUUACCAGAUGUGUGUGCUGAUGCUGUUCAAUAAUGCUGAUCAGUUGAGUUACAAAGAAAUUGAGCAGGCCACAGAAAUACCUGCCUCAGACUUGAAGAGGUGUCUGCAGUCUCUGGCCUGUGUUAAGGGGAAAAACGUUCUACGGAAGGAACCCAUGAGCAAGGACAUAGCCGAGGAUGAUGCCUUCUUCUUCAAUGACAAGUUCACAAGCAAGUUUGUCAAGGUUAAGAUAGGCACUGUGGUUGCACAAAGGGAGACUGAACCAGAAAAUCAGGAAACCAGGCAAAGAGUGGAAGAAGAUAGGAAACCCCAGAUUGAGGCAGCAGUUGUUAGGAUCAUGAAGGCAAGACGGGUGUUGGAUCACAAUAACAUUGUCACUGAGGUUACAAAGCAGCUGCAGUCCCGGUUUCUGCCAAAUCCUGUUGUAAUUAAAAAGCGAAUAGAGUCUCUUAUCGAGAGGGAGUUCCUAGAGAGGGAUAAAGCGGAUAGGAAAUUAUAUCGGUACCUUGCUUGAAAAAAAAACUGUGUUGUUUUUUCACCUUGUCAGGGCCUUUCACCUGGGUUUGUAAUUUCUCCUCCAUUUGUAAGUUUGACUGUUGUUCUUGAAUUAUUACAAGUUCAGGCUGAUUUUACUCCA